AUGUUCCGUAAACCAAAAGCAAAAGGAACUCUCCGAGUACGGAAAAUUGAAGCUUGGGAUGAACCAGAUGGAGAGAAUCAAGACGAUUGUGCAGUAAUUGAGACUAAACCAGUAGCUGCCCCUCGAGCAGCUAUAAGUUUUGAUGUUGACGAAGGUGCUGAUUCGGCGUUCAAAGUGAAAAAGGAUAAGAAGAAAGUUGAGGAGUUGAAAAGGCAGCAUAAGCUUGAAGAAGAGGCUGAACAGAUAUACAAGCAAGAGAAAGAACGGAAAGAAGCAUUGGAGAAAAUAGUUAAGAAGGAGAAACAAUCGAAAGAAGAUAAGAAAACAAAAAAUGAGAAACAGAAGUAUUUGGACAAGUAUCGAGACAAAUCUGCGAAACACAUCUCGAACUCGGAGAGCUUUGAUUAUGACGAGCAUUUGGAUAUAGAUUCGGAUGCUGUUGGUUCAGUUUCCAGCAAGUUCGCAUCAGUUUUCGAAGGAAUUCCUGACUCUCGAGCUGUUUUUGAAGCGAAGAAACGGAGAGAACGAGCACGACGAGAGGGAGCACAAGAUGGAUAUAUUCCUCUAGAUGACACACAGAAGAUAAAGUCGAAAAAUGAAAGAAAUCGGCUGAUUCGAGAGGACGAGAACGAUGAUUCAGAUGAAGAAUGCACGAACAAAUUCUAUUCUGCUCGAGAACUUCUACGAUCAGAGGAAGAUCGUCGGAGAGAAGAACAAGAAGGAUUCCUGGAAAGAGAGCAUGGAGAUGAUGAUGAAGGAGAUAGGAGAAAAGAUGAGGAUAGUGAGAAUGAAGAAUGGGAGAGACAACAGAUCAGAAAAGGAGUCAGUCGGAGAGAAAUUGGACAAUUACGAACAGAAAAACGGAAUACAUCUAAACUAUUUGGUCAUGUCGCUCCAGUAGAAGAUGAUACUGCAAUGGAUAUGGAUAUUGAUAUGGAUAUGGAUUUACAAGUAGUUGGAAAACCUGAGUUUAGAGGCCCAAGAAAUACCGGAGGAGUGGUGAAAAUAGAGGAUAUUCUCGCCAAAUUGAAGCUUCGAAUCCAGGAACGAGAUGAGGCGUUGAACUUCAGAAAAGAAGAAAAACGAAAAAUAGAGCAAACGAUUGAAGAGAAUAAGUCACUGAUUGCAAAGCUAGAAAUGGGGCUGCCUGAUCAAAGCACAAAGUACACGAUGUAUCAAGAGCUGCGUGUCUAUUCCCGAAGUCUUUUGGAGUGUUUGAACGAAAAAGUUGCGGAGAUUAACUCGAUAGUUGACAAGAAAAGAGAUUGUGGUAGAGCUAGAAGAGUGAGGUUAUCAGCAAGGAGACGACAAGAUAUGAUGGAUCAACAUGCGGAAUGUAUGCAAGGAAAAUCUGCAAAAAUGGGUGACGCAGCGACAAGAGCAGCUGAAAGAGAAGGAAGGAGAGGUCGCCGACGUCGUGAACGGGAAACUACUCUCACGGGAAUCUCUCAUGAAGAAGGGCUCAGUACAGACGAUGAGGAGCCGACACAACAAUCAAUGGCUGAUCAGAAAACGUGCGAUGAAGUGGAAGCAGUGGCUUCUGUUCUAUUCGCAGAUGCUCUCGAUGAGUAUUCAGAUCUUCGAAAAGUGUUGGGAAGAAUGACGGAUUGGCUGGCAGUUGAUUCGAAAUCAUUCCAAGAUGCUUAUGUUUAUUUGUGUCUUCCGAAGUUGUGCUCUCCGUAUGUACGUCUGGAAAUGCUCCAAGCAGAUGUUUUGAAGAAUGAAACCGUUUUGACUUCUAUGCAAUGGUUCAAAAUUGCGAUGCUCGCUGGUUCGGAGAACGCUGAAAUCGAUCAAGAUCAUGAUAUUUUGGUGGAAUUGGCACCGGCUAUCAUUGAAAAAGUUGUAAUUCCAUUUUUAAUAGACACUAUAAAAGAGGAGUGGGAUCCAAUGUCACUGCGGCAAACUAGAAAUCUCGCAACUUUCUGUUCAAUUUUUGAAAAACUGCCGAAUCUCACUGAGAAGAGUAAACAAUUCAACGCAUUCUUAAGUGCAAUCAGAGAGAAAAUAUGUGAAUGUAUUUCUGAUGACUUGUUUAUGCCGAUUUUCUCACCUAAUGUUAUUGAGCAACCGGCUUGCAGACAGUUUCAUGAUCGACAGUAUUGGACUUGUAUCAAGCUCAUAAAAUCCAUCAACGCUCUUUCCUCACUGAUCUCCGUUGCUGCUCGAUUCGAGUUGGUUGUCGAAAAAUGUGUAAACUCUCAAUGUGUGAUGGCUUUCCGAACUGGAACUAAAAAUGACGUAUCUGUGGAACGAAAGAUUCGUGGGCUCAUCGCUGAACUCGACGAUCCAUUAUUAAUGAUGGGCGGCCGAACAUCUUUCCGUCAGUUGAUCAGUACACUUGAAAUGGUUGCAGAGGCACAGAAUCAGGCUGGAAGAAAUUUCCACAAAGACAUCAAAAAGUUCCUGACGAAACUCGAGCGGUGA